AUGCUUAUCAAAGGUCUUAAAUAUAUUCCACCGUGUCAAAGUCGAUUCUCACGUCAAUCCAUAGAUGCUAUUGUUAAUGAACAAUACACAACCUUACGUCCCAAUAUUCAAGGUUGUCUUGAUGAUCAUCGUAUGCAACUAAUAGAACCACGUGAAAAGGAAGGAUUUCCAUCAUUGAAACGUAUGCUUUAUGAACUUCAAUCCAAAAAAUUGCCACGCAAACUACGAAUUCGUGCUCGACGCGAGCGUAAAGUGGUGCAAAGUAUUUUAAAAAUAUUACAUAAUCGACCAGAUAUUAUUAUUCGUCGAACUGACAAGAGUAAAGUAUUUUAUAUUGGUAAUGCUACGGUUUUUACAGAGAAAGCAUCAAAAUAUAUGUUAGAAACAGAAGCUUACAGAGAGAUAUCGAAUGAACAUUGCAUUUUAUCGGAAAAUCAUCAUCUUGUGAUUAGUCUUCUUGGUUCUCUCUUGAAAAAUGGUGCUAUCAAUCAAGAACAAUACAGACAAAUUUCUCCUUCAAAGAAUCGAUCAGAAUUGGCUCAUCUUCAUUUUAUUCCAAAACCACAUAAACCUGAUACGCCAUUACGACCAAUUGUAGCAGCCAUCCAUGCACCAGCUACACAGCUGUCGAAAUUUCUUAAUGAUCUAUUAGCACCCGUAUUUCUUCGUGUCGCUCGAGAAACUACCUUUAUAAAUGGCAUCGAUCUUGUUCGCACAUUGGAAAAAUAUGUCAUCGAUAAGCAACUUAAGCCAACGACUCUAUUUGUUAGUUUCGAUGUCGAGAAUCUCUAUACAAUGAUUCCACGGCAAGGUGCAUUAAUAGCAUUAAUAGAAUUUCUAGAACGUUAUUUACCCAACAAAAGAAUUGGUACAUUUAGUAUUAAUGAUAUCGCGAGAAUGGCACGUCUCGUGUUGGAUACGAAUGUGUUUGUCUAUGAAAAUAAAUAUUUUCGACAAAUUCGUGGGGGAGCUAUGGGAUCCGCCUUUACACAAACAUUAGCCAACAUUUAUAUGUUUGAAUGGGAACAGGAUUUAUUACAAAUCCAACAAGCAAAUAAAGAAAUUUAUGGGCGGUAUAUUGAUGAUGUUUUUAUGACAACAAAUGUACCAUUCGCUCAAAUUAAAGAUAUCUUAGAACGUGCUAACAAAAAAGAUCCAAAUAUUCGUAUAUCUUACUGCAUCCAAUCCAAAAUUGAUUUUCUCGAUGUCACAGUCACUAAUGACAAUGGCCACUUGACAACAUCGAUUUUUCACAAAUCAGCCACUGAACCUUACAUACUACCAUAUACAUCUGAUCAUCCUCGACAUGUUUACAAUAAUAUUCCAUAUGCAGCUCUGUUAAGAGCAGCUCGGAUAUGCUCAAAUGUCGGCGAUUUUGAAAUGGAACGAGUUCGUAUUGAUUUAUCAUUGCUAUUGAAUGAAUACCCGCCAUCGUUCAUUUCUAAACAUUUCAUUCGAUUCUUUGAAAUGAAUAAUGCUACAUCAGUAUUAAAUAGUCUUAAUACAGAAGCUUACCACGCAUUACAUCAAAAAUUACUGCAUCGACCGACUCGACGUGAGAAACAAAUGCAAGCAAACGGUGAAGACAUUAAUCCAAUACCAGAUGUACUCAAGAAAAAAAAACCUUGGGAUCCUAAUGUUAUGUAUGCAAAAUACAAUUAUGAGAGUGGACCGAGGUCAGUGUUUCAACAUAAAUUUCGUACAUGGUGGAAAACGCAUUUUGGUCAUGAAGCAUCCAGUGUCGAACAUGUUCAUAUCAAAUUUGCUGUUAAAACAAAUAGAACGCUUGAAGACGCUUUCGUAAACAAGAGACCACCAAGACAUAUGUUGCUGAGAAAACCAAUUAAUGCGUUACCGCCACCAAGUUCCACAAGGAAUACAAUAUGA